AUGGAGGCCAUUCUAGACUUCUCUCGGGAGCUUGAUCUCGACUUGUUCGAUCUGGUAGUGGAGACUUUCUACAAAAGUGGUCCCGACCAGCAGAAGGCGCUGGUGAUUUUGACCCAGUUCCAGGAACAUCCCGAAUCGUGGAAAAGAGCCGAUGCCAUUCUUUCGUCGGCAAGAAACGCCCAAUCCAAGUACAUUGCGCUAUCCUGCUUGAACUCGUUGAUCAAAUACAGAUGGAAAACGAUUCCAGAGGGCGAACGAGUGGGCAUCCGGAACUUUAUUGUCAACAUGAUCAUUGCAUUGUGUGACGACGAAAAAGUGUUUGAAACUGAACGAGCUUUGAUCAACAAGAUUGACUUGACCCUUGUUUCUGUCUUGAAGCAAGAGUGGCCACAUAACUGGCCUCAGUUCAUUCCAGAAAUCGUCAAGAGCUCGCGUUCUUCGUUCAAUGUCUGUGAGAAUAACAUGAUCAUCUUGAAGUUGAUGGCUGAAGAGGUUUUCGAUUUCUCCCAGGACGAAAUGACACAGGCCAAGGCAAAUGCCAUGAAAUUGAGCUUGAAGGCCGAGUUUGAAGAGAUCUUCAAGUUGUGCUACGAGAUUUUGGACAAGACAACAAAACCCUCGUUGAUUAUCGCCACAUUGAAUGCUCUUUUGAAGUACAUCCACUGGAUUCCUUUGAACUACAUCUUCCAAACAGACUUGUUGCCUUUGCUCACCAAUAAGUUCUUGGCUCCUGCCGAUACCAGGUCUAUCACUUUGAAAUGCUUGACCGAAGUUUCCGCAUUGAUAUCGCCUCCAAACGAGGAAAAAUUCAUUGCUUUUUUCCAAGCAACUAUGGAGAAAAUCGUGGCUAUAGUGCCUUUGGAUGGAUCUACGUCUCUCAAGAGAUCGUAUCAAGUGGCCAACUCCAAUGACCAGUCCUUUUUGCAAGAUCUAGCCAUGUUUUUGUGCACAUUUUUGGGAAAUCAUUUGUUGUCCUUGGAGCAAAACGAGGCAUUGACAGACUUAUUACUCAUUUCCUUGCGCUAUUUGAUUGAGCUUUCGAGUAUCGAAGAGCGUGAGUUGUUCAAAACAUGUUUAGACUACUGGAGUCUUUUCGUUCACGGCUUGUUUGAGGAAAUUCAGAAUUUGCCUGCGAGCGAAAUGAGCCCCUUCAUGCAACUCAAUUACAGUUCUCGUUUGAGACCUUCCGCCAAUGGUGCGCCAGAUCCAGAUAUUUUAGCCAAAUUCCCAUUGAGACAACACAAGUACGCUGAAAUCUUGUCAAAGUUGAGAUUGGUCAUUAUCGAAAAUAUGGCCAGACCAGAAGAAGUUUUGAUUGUGGAGAACGAAGAAGGAGAAAUCGUCAGAGAAUUCGUUAAAGAGAGUGAUACCAUCCAAUUAUACAAGUCCAUGAGAGAAGUUUUGGUGUACUUGACACAUUUGAACGUGGUUGACACCGAGCAGAUCAUGAAUGAAAAAUUGGCUAGACAGAUAGAUGAAAGUGAGUGGUCGUGGCACAACAUUAACACUUUAUGUUGGGCCAUUGGAUCCAUCUCAGGAACCAUGAAUGAGGAAAUGGAAAAGCGGUUUCUUGUUUCUGUCAUUAAGGAUUUGUUGUCCUUGACUGAAAUCAAAAGAGGAAAGGACAAUAAGGCCGUUGUUGCAUCCAACAUCAUGUACAUUGUCGGGCAAUAUCCAAGAUUUUUGAAAGCUCACUGGAAAUUCUUGAAGACCGUGGUCAACAAGCUUUUCGAGUUCAUGCAUGAAACCCACGAGGGUGUCCAAGACAUGGCGUGUGAUACAUUUAUUAAAAUCACAAUGAAGUGCAAAAGACAUUUUGUUGUAACGCAACCAUCGGAGAAGGAACCUUUCAUCAACGAAAUCAUCGCCACAAUCCAGAAUAUCACUGAAGACUUGGCACCACAACAAGUGCAUACAUUUUAUGAGGCGUGUGGUAUAAUCGUCAGUGCACAGACGCAAAAGGAAGCUAGAGAUAAGUUGUUGAGCGAUUUGAUGGCCUUGCCUAAUGUCGCCUGGACUGCUAUAGUACAAGAGGCUGCUAAGGAUCCGCAAUUGUUGACUAAUACAGAAACCGUCAAAAUCAUUGCCAACAUCAUUAAAACCAACGUGGCUGUGUGCAAAGCAAUGGGACCAGGCUUCUACCCCCAACUUGGCUUGAUGUAUGUUGAUAUGUUAUCUCUAUACAAAGCUGUCAGCACAAUGAUUUCCAACGCCGUUGCUAGCGAAGGAAUCAUUGCCACCAAAACACCAAAAGUCCGUGGAUUGAGAACAAUCAAGAAGGAAAUCUUGAAGAUGAUUGAAACUUACAUCAAUCAAGCAGACAACUUGGAGGAGAUUGUUAGAGAUCUCUCUCAGCCUCUCUUUGCUGCUGUUUUGGAAGACUACAAAACUAAUGUGCCAGAUGCUAGAGACGCAGAGGUGUUGAACUGUAUGACUGCAUUGGUUUCCAAAGUGGGCCACAUGAUUUCAGGUGGUGUUGUGCUUAUUCUUCAAAACGUGUUUGAGUGUACUUUGGACAUGAUUAAGAAUGAUUUUGUGGAGUAUCCCGAACACAGAAUCGAGUACUACAAGCUUUUGAAGGAAAUCAACGCCAAGUCAUUUGAUGCAUUGUUGCAAUUGUCGGGAGAAGCAUUCCAAUCUUUGAUCAAUGCUGCAUUGUGGGCGUUGAAACACAACAACAGAGAUGUGGAAGAAAAUGGAUUGUUCUUGACGUUGGAGUUGAUCGAGAAUGUCGAGAAACUAGGCACCACUCCAUUCACUACAGCAUUCUAUCAGAACUUCUACUUCCAGAUUUUGUCUGAUACUUUCUACGUCUUGACACAGCCUGACCAUAAGUCUGGUUUCCGAUACCAGGCACAAUUGCUUGCGCAGUUGAUCCAUUUAGUCGAAGAUGGUGUGAUCAAGGAGCCAUUAUAUACUGCGGACCAGGCCGCUGAAGGCACGUCAAACUCAGAAUACUUGAAGCAGUACUUGGCCAACUUGUUGUCUGGUGCGUUUGAAAACUUGCAAAAGGACCAAUUGGUCAACUUUUUGAGCGUGUUGACAUCUGUGUACAAAGACUUGAACAAGUUCAGCGGUACCUUGAGAGAUUUCCUUGUGCAAAUCAAGGAAUUUGGUGGCGAUCCAACGGAUUAUCUUUUUGCUGAGGAUAAGGAGAUUGAGAAGCAGGAACAAACUAGAUUACAGAGAGAGAGAGACAUGCAAGUUGCAGGGUUGAUCAAGCCAUCUGACAUGGAUGACGAAUAG